CUGAAAGUGUUGAACCUCCAUAUCACGCAAUAGUCUUCACUCCUAGGUACUUAACUAAGGGAGGGCACUUGUGCACACCGAGGUCUGGCCCUGAACCUUUGUAGUGCUUUACUCACAACAGCCUUAAGCUAGAAACAAUCCAGUAUUCAUCAGUAGGUGAGCAGAUAAAGAAACCACAUGGUGUAUUUGCCCUGCAGAGUACUGCUCAGCAAUAAAAAUGGAGUUAUGCCCAGCAUUGCUGAUGAAUCUAUGCUCAGAGAAGCCAGACACCCCCAAACUUACAGGAUUCUUAUAGACAACUUCAAAGGUCCGACGUCUGGAGUGUUUGUGUCAAAACUGUCAGGUGGCACAUUAGGUGGUUAUGUCAGUUUAUGCAUCAUGUACAUGUGAGCUAAGCUGUAACUGAGCAUAUCUGAUUUGUAGACGCUGUAACCACUGUUUACCUAAGACCGUCUGGAUCCAGACCAAGGGCUCCGGCUCUCUGGGCUCCUCAGCACGAAGGAGGCUGCAGUCUUGAAUUCCCCGGUGGAGGACGGACUCCACCAUUCUCUGGUCUUGCCCCCUGAUGACGAAAGUGUGACUACCGGCAUCUUCAUGAGCUCCAGAGGUCACAGCACGCUCCCACGAACUCUCAUGGCUCCUCGGAUGAUUUCCGAGGGAGACAUAGGAGGCAUUGCUCAGAUCACCUCCUCUCUCUUCUUGGGCAGAGGCAGUGUGGCCUCCAACAGGCACCUCCUCCAGGCCCGGGGCAUCACCUGCAUCGUUAAUGCUACCAUCGAGAUCCCCAACUUCAACUGGCCCCAGUUUGAAUAUGUUAAAGUGCCUCUGGCUGACAUUCCUCAUGCCCCCAUUAGGCUGUACUUUGACACCGUGGCUGACAAGAUCCACAGCGUCAGCAAGAAGCAUGGGGCUACCUUGGUGCACUGUGCUGCCGGGGUGAGCCGCUCGGCCACUCUAUGUAUUGCGUACCUGAUGAAAUUCCACAACGUGUGCCUGUUGGAGGCAUACAACUGGGUGAAAGCCCGGAGGCCUGUCAUCAGGCCCAACGUGGGCUUCUGGAGGCAGCUGAUAGACUACGAGAGCCAGCUCUUCGGGAAGUCGACGGUUAAGAUGGUACAGACACCCUAUGGCGUCAUUCCAGACGUUUAUGAGAAGGAGUCCCGACACCUGAUGCCUUACUGGGGGAUUUAGUGCCGCCAUACCCGGCAUCCACAGCCCCUCAGCAGUACCAGCAUCUGCCCCAGUCUUCUCCCCUCUUCCUCUCUCUGGUUCUCCCGCGAGUGUUUCGACACUGGGUGUUCGGGGUUUUAAGAGACGCGGAGGGGAAAACACACACGUUGCUAGUGACAUUUUUUAAAACUAGCAUUUUGAAAUAGCAAACAUGAACAUCUUUAACUGGCCUUUAGUCCUUUAUAACAGCUGGAACAGUAUAGGAUACUGCUCCGGCUUUCCUUCUGGCUCCCAAGCCUUUUGGAGCCUUGGCAGGUGCAGGAGGAGUCCAUUGCAAAGAUCACUUUGGGCCCUGAUUAACCCUCUAGAGACCAGCUUUGCCCAUGGCUGCCAGCUGGACAGAUGUUUAGGGGAUAUCAAGGCCAUCUCAGUCUCUACUGGAUUAGCCUGGUCCUUUCUUUUCCUGUUAUUUAGUGAUUCUAUAAGUUAAGUUAACCAUUGUUAUUUAGUUGAUAAGUGAUUAUGAUGAAAACCGUUGCAAAGACCCUCUUGAAAUCAGUGUGCCCCGGGAUUAUAUUAGCAUUAUUUUUAAUAAACCUAUCUGCUUAACAUAA